GACCUCAGCCUUGGCCUUUUUGCGUUGGUACCACCCUCCGAGACCCUUGACCAUCUCAUUCGCUAUCUGAGUACAUGGAGCGGGAGCGAGUAUUUAACGAGCGUCCAGGUCAUCCAAUAUGCUGCCAAACUGCUCAUUCCGAUCCUCCAUCUCCGCGCGAGGCUGCAGCACCGUGCGGGGUUUAGAAAGGAGCCAAUUAGCACCGCCGCACCGGCCCUGAACAAGCUUGCGAGCACCGUCAGCGAUGCGCGGAUGCUCUGGAGAAUAUGGGGUCUGCUUCCCAUAUUCCAGUGGCUGAUAUCGCUCGAGCGCUCUCCACCGCCCACACGCCGCCUGCUCACGAUCGAGCGUGCACAGGGAUGGUCCAUGCUCGCGUACUACCCCAUGGAACACCUCUACUACCUGCUCUCACACGAGAUAAUCCCGUCGUCCAUCUCCCUCCCCUUCUCGCGAUCUUCCUCCUCUCCGUUCUGGGCCUUGUACGUGGUCCUGCAGUUCGCGCACCUGCGCGAAGACCGCGCGCUCUUGCUGCGCCGCGAGCGCGUGCUGAGCAAGGAGAAGGUAAAGGGCCAGGAGCACGCAGAGCUCGAGCGCCGCUGGGAUGCCUGGUGGAACGAGCUCGCGGUGAACGUCGGGUACCUACCGCUGACAGUUCAUUGGUACGAGGAGCAUUGCAUUUAUCUAUCUAUACCUCGCUUCAACAUCAUAUGGGUCUCCAUCUUCGGGUUCGCUGCGGCCAUUGCGUCGUUCAGGAGUGGCUGGAAAGCGACAGCCGUCCUCCCCUUGUCGCCACCGCCG